UGAAGUGUGGUCAUGUGACGGGCUAGCGAGCCCAGGCGAAGCACAGCCACACGGUUACAUGAGACCGAAUGCCAGCUUCAUUGAAAAAGCUCUGUUAUCGAGAGUAGAGACAGGAGGGACAGACGUUUUCAGUGUGCAGACACAAAUAACAACACGCAGAAAGCUCUGGGGAACUCGGGGAAAGGGACAUUUUCACAGCCUCAAGAACCUCGGUAGGAGAAAGCAGAAGACACAUCGUUUUAAAAGAUAAAUCAAGCGCAGUGGACACAGCGGGAGUAGAUUAUUCAUUCCGAUAACUUCUAUAAGGGCAACUAAAAAAAUAAAAAACUACCUCCGCCGUUUCAUAUUUUUGUUUUAUUUUUCCUUUCGUUUACUUUUUUCUUUAUUUUAUCACCUGUCCUCAGAAAAGCAUACAACCAGACAGAGUUGAAUUGCAGUGCAGUGCAGUGCGUAAAGAAAUUGAACGCAACACCAGGAGACAGAACAGCUCACCGCAUUUAGCCUACCAGCAUAAUACAGUAUAUAUAUAUAUAUAUUUUGUACCAUCCUUGGUUCAGUUUGGGGCUGAUUUUUGUUAUUUUUUUGGAAUAUGGUUGGGGAAAUGGAAACGAAGGAGAAACCGAAGCCUACCCCAGACUAUCUCAUGCAGCUCAUGAAUGAUAAGAAACUGAUGAGCAGCCUACCCAACUUCUGCGGAAUUUUUAACCACCUCGAACGGCUGCUUGAUGAAGAGAUCAGCCGUGUACGGAAGGACAUGUACAACGACACGCUAAACGGCAGCACAGAGAAGCGGAGCAGUGAGCUCCCAGACGCAGUGGGCCCCAUGGUGCAGCUCCAGGAGAAACUAUUUGUGCCUGUGAAAGAGUACCCCGAUUUUAACUUUGUGGGCCGUAUCCUGGGACCACGGGGGCUGACAGCCAAGCAGCUGGAGGCAGAGACAGGAUGUAAAAUCAUGGUGCGCGGAAAAGGCUCCAUGAGGGACAAGAAGAAGGAAGAGCAGAACCGCGGCAAACCCAACUGGGAGCACCUCAACGAGGACCUGCAUGUCCUGAUCACAGUGGAGGACGCACAGAACCGCGCUGAGAUCAAGCUGAAGCGGGCUGUGGAGGAGGUCAACAAACUACUGGUGCCUGCGGCGGAGGGAGAGGACAGCCUGAAGAAGAUGCAGCUGAUGGAGCUGGCCAUCCUCAACGGCACCUACCGAGACGCCAACAUCAAGUCACCUGCCCUUGCCUUCUCUCUUGCAGCGAACGCCCAGGCGCCCCGCAUCAUCGCCGGCCCCGCCCCCAUGCCCCAGAACGCCCUGCGCACUUCCACCCCGGCCGGCCCCACCCUAAUGCCCCUGAUCCGACAGAUCCAGACCUGCAUGCCCAACGGCUCGCCCCACCCGGGCGUCAUGACCCAGGGUCCCGAGUCGGGCCUCAUAUACGCGUCACCGUACGAUUACCCCUACACGCUGGCCCCUGCCACCUCCAUCCUGGAGUACCCCAUCGACUCCAGCGGGGUGUUAGCGUCCUCAAAGGCCGAAGAGCUGCCCCUCUACCUGGGGUUUCAGACCUGUCACUUUCCCAUCACUGUGCAGCGAGGAGAGCCCUGCAACCGGCCUCCCUUUUAAAGAAACGUCCCUUCCCUCCCUCUUUCCCUCCACCCCCUCAAACAACACACACCCACCUCCUCAUCUCCCUCCUCCCUCCCCGCCACCACACGCUGGACUGGUUGAGGAUUGUCCCUCUCUGAACAACCACAAGCCACAUGGGGAAGCCUCAGCUCUUCCUCUUUGAAUGUCUGUUCAAAGUGACGUGUGUGUUACUGAUCAACCCUUUUUGAUUUCCUGUCCUGAUGAUGAUGAUAUAUUUAUGUAUGAUGAUGAGGGAGAACUGAGCUCCACCUUGCUGCAGACCCCCUUGGGGGCACCCCCAUCUCUCUGGGUGUGGCUUGGGGGCGUCCUGAGGGGUAACAUGAGGAAGGUGAGGGGGUCGACAGAGAGGGCUUGCGGAGCCAAUGGGGGAGAUGGUGUGUGUUGGCGAUGGGGCACCUGCAGUUAAAGCGUCUAGGCCUCACAGGCUUUAUUCACAAAGGGAUUUUAGGACAUUCUGUCCCGACACUGACAGUCUUAACUUCACUCUUUUGAAAAAUAUUCACAGAAUGAGACUUUCAGCUCAAGUGUAGCCCAAACGACAGUCAGUGAGUGAACAACAUAGUCCUUUUGUAUAACACAUUUUUGCAGGGACUCAAACAGAGUGUCCUAAAAUGGCUUCGGGAAUAGGGGCCUGGUGUGUGUUGACAGGAACUCCUGGCACUAAUUCACCGUUCCCUUCCUUUAUUCAAUAGGUGUGGCUUUCCCCACGAAAGGCUAAAAGAGUUUCACGGAUCCUUACUGAGCCCCUCAUCCGAUCUGAGUGUUGACACACAUGUGCUUUUGUUUCACAGCUGCCUUGAGUGUAAUGAACCAAGAGCCGGGCAUAUAGCAGUCAGACAGACAGACAACAGACAGGCAGACUGACACAGACAGGCAGACUGACACAGACAGGCACACAGACACAGACAGGCACACAGACACAGACAGGCAGACAGACAGACAGACAGACAGGCAGGCUCCCUCACUACUGAUGUUUACACCGGCCAAACCUCCCCGAAGAGGCACGGGCCUUAACGCCAUGCAUUAUGUGUGAGUGUGUAUGUGCAUCCUGUACACACAUUCAUAUAAGUAUAUUUUCGCAGACCUACGGUAUGCGACUGUUCCACUGACUGCUAUGUCUGGGAUUGAAAAUCUAUACAAUACUGUCACGCUUUACUAAUCACUUAAUUCAUUGCCUUUUUUUCUACCUAUUCUUUUUAUUUUUUUAUUUUAUAAGAGAUGUUCAUUUUUUUUACUACUGCAAAUGUGCCUAAAAGCUUUCAUCUCUGGGCUUUAACCAGAGAGUGGGUGAUCAGUAUUAUAUUUAAAACGAAUAACUGAGGAGAUGCACUUCCUGAUGCUCAACCUGAGAUUAUGUGACUAGUAAAGCUCCCUGUGUGUGUGUGUGUGUGUGUGUGUGUGUGUGUGUGUGUGUGUGUGUGUGUGUGUGUGUGUGUGUGUGUGUGUGUGUGUGUGUGUGUGUGUGUGUGUGUGUGUGUGUGUGUGUGUGUGUGUGUGUGUGUGUGUGUGCAUAAAUGCCUAAUUUCUGCAAAUUUGUAACAAGGACUCAAGAAAACAAUGGAUCCUUACAGUCAAGGUUACUCCAUAGUCACAAAUGCUACUAUGUCCAAGAUUUCUCCUUGUUACGAUGAAGUAUAUGAGUAUAAUUUGUGCCUUAACAUGUAUUUCUAAAGAUUUUUUCCUAAUUGUGUUACGUGUUUGGUCGUAUAAACCUUGAUGAUAUGACGAAUUGACUUGAUGGAAACGGCGAAGGAGGAAAUGACCUAAUCCUUGUUUUGGUCAUGUUGUUGCAAUCCGAGCAGGUGCAGUGACUACUAAGGUUCGAAGGCACGAACUGCGGGUCCAUCCUUACCAAAGGAUAGUGACCGCAGACCGAGGUUAGUUUAGCUCUUAUAUGCAUUUGUGUUUUAUUGCCAAUGCCUGCUCACUGUUGGUCCUGAUCUGUUUUGCAACAUGUACAAAUUGUUCAGCUAGUCGUUCCGGUUUGUGAUGUGAUGCAACAUACUGCGCACCCUUCCUCGUCGUGGCCUCUGAGAAACAUUUAUUUGGAAUACAUUUGUUCUCAGAGUGCGUACGUGGAGGGCUGUACAAGGUGAUUCUGAGAACUAGUGACCACAACACAGUAGCCGAAUGAUGCUUUUGCUAUCUAGGUAGAGACACAAACAUACACACCUGCAUUUAAAACAAAAAAACUAUUCCACUCUAUUAUUUCGAUGACUUUAUGAAUCUGACAUGAUGUCGAUGACAAAUAAUGGACGAUACCCCUUUCUUUAAAAAAAAGAAGAUCAAAUGACCUGUAUUUUAGUUUCCCCCCUCCGUUCAAUUUUAUUUCAAAUGCACUUAAGUCUUCAGCUUCUUACGUGGAUAAUGUAGCGUUUUAAUCGAUAAAUGAUGUCCAUUUGUAUUUAUUUGUUUGAGGAAAUUAAUGUUUUGGGAAUCUGACCCGUUGUAUUGUCAAGGACAACACAGAAGUGUAAACCUGUCAUGUCAUAUUUUGAUUUUUUUCCAUCUCCCCAUUUUUACUACAGUAUAUUUUUAAAGUCUCAACAACGGGUAGGCUAUAGACUGGAAAUGGUUUUACUCUGCAGAUAAGGUAAACAAACACAACAGUCAGAGCUUUCGCUCUCUAAAGUCCACAUGUGUCACACAUGUAUUCACUGAAUACUGAGAAUAACCGAGGUAGUAAGCCAGAGAAGAAACCAUUUGUCAAAUUACGCGAGCAACAAGGAAUUUACGGGAUCUGUUCUCUAUCAGUGCCUUUUCUCUGUUUUAUCCUUAUACCCUGGUGCUUAAUACACCAAGUGUGCCUUGUACCCACACUGUGUAUCAUCACAUUUCACUACAGAUCAUUCCUUGUACCCACACUGUGUAUCAUCACAUUUCACUACAGAUCAUUCCUUGUACCCAAUCAAGUGAGUGUUUGCAAUGUGCCAGAAAAUAGGAUGCAAAUGCCAAUUGAAAAACUGCCUACAUGCAGACAUUUUUUGGAUAAAUCAACCUACAUUUUAGUACAUACGUUGAAGUUGAAAACUCAGUGAAAUUGAUUCAAUUGUAAUACUGUUUAAAUAAGUCCAGUUCACAAAUCACCUUUUUUUUGCUGCUAGAUGAUGUGGAACAAUUAACAUAUAUAAUUAACAGUAUAUGCAAACUGGGUCUAAGGAUAUUCAGGUUUCGGCACUGUAGCGCUGUCUGUGAAUUGCCUCUGAAAACUUGAUAGCUCAAAUCUGCCCUAAAACAAAUAAAUUAAUAUAAAAAUAACUGUAAUAUGGAGUUACUUAAGAAGUGCAUAUUAUGCAAAGGGUAUUAUUACUAAAAGGUCAAACCUUAAUCCAUAAUGAUAAUACAUGAUAAUAAUGGUAACGGAUAGGUUACUGACAAAUUGAAUGACACACCAACAUCCGAUGAAAUUGCACAAAGGCCUGUAUUCAGUCAACCUCUUCAUAGGUUUGGCUCCCACACUCUGAUGAACAGUUUUACACCAUUAAAACGUUGGUUUAUUCAAACAAUACGGUAGCACAACGUAAUAUGAUUGACGUAUCAGUGCGGUUUGGGGGGUUGAACCAUGAGGCAGGGGGGAUUGAGUGCAGGCCAACUGGUCAAGCCUGUGUGUAAGAGGCAGGCUGACCGGGUGGAAGCAGGGAGGAAGCUAAGAUGGCGUCUGAGAUGUGGGACUUUUCAUCAGCUCAUAUUGGCAAAGCUGUUGAACGGUCUCAAAA